AUCGACCAGCAACGUAGAGGUAUUGAAAAAAGUGAAACUUUCUAUUGAAUUGUGUACAAAAAGGGAUCUUAUUGAUGUUAAUCAUCAAACGUUUACGCACUCAGGUCGCAUUGCGUCAGAAAGGCUGCCAUACACUGUAAUGGAACAGCAACGUCGAAAUCCCUUUUAAAGGACUGAGUGAAACUAUUUUACUUUUGAUAAUUGCAAUCUUGAAAAGUACUGCAAGAACAAGUGGACGACUGACAGAGAAAUACUCCUAGAGAAAUAUAAAGAAAAUAGAAAUCACAAUCUGCAGUCAUGAGUUUGAAAACGAGAAGCAUCGUUUUUGCAACGUUUUUCUCCAGCUGUCUUAUCGUGGGGUUGUUAGUGGCUAGUCUAACAACCAAAAAUUGGAUACAAGGAUCUGCGAAACGAGUGAAUUUCAACGAAUCCAUCGGUCAAAUAAACUUUGGACUGUUCUCCGGGCAUCGUCGUUUGAAUGUGGGAUUCGGACUACGAGAUUAUAAAAUCGAUGUGAUGGCUAUGAUCCGCGACGAACCGGAGGUAAUGAGUUACUGGCUUUGGUUGGGAGCUGCCCUUGGCACAGGAUUGGGUGUACUCGGUGGUGUGAUCGCUGCGAUUGCGUCCGUACUGAAAGCAGCAUCAGCUUCGAAGAAAACCGGAACCAUGGUUGUGCUAUUCGUUAGCAAUCUGCUCACCGGAAUCUCGCAAACGAUCGCGUUGGUAUGUUGGUUAAUUCAAUUUUACAACUAUCUCACGCACAACGUGCUGCUCGCGGAAGAUCGCAACAACAAUUGGUACAGCACGGGAUUAACGAUGUUGGGAUCAAGCUUCUACUUCAUUGCCGGCGGUAUUGCUUUGGUACUGAUAAAUUUGAUACUGCUCAUUGUAGCUGUUCGUCUUGAACGCUGGGAAAAGAAGAAAUUUUUAAAUCCAACGACUGACGAUAAAACACAAGGAGCUAUCAUGUUGUACUAAGUUGUAUGCUAUUUACUAUCGAUGUAAAGUUUAGAACUUUAGGCUAACAUCUUUUUAUUUUGUCAAUACUCACGUCAGUUUUAUCUGUACUAUCUAGGCUUAGAUUAUUCAUACUAAGUUCGCGGAGUUCUUGUACUUAC